ACAUAGAAGCUGCAUUGGAGUCUUCCAAUAUCUGGUGUAGUAAGGGUCUCUAUAUUUCUUAGCUAGGAUUUUUAUUAAAGAAGAUAUGGAAGUAGUACGAUUACUUCACAUGAACAAAGGGGCUGGCGAGACUAGUUAUGCUCAAAACUCCAAAGUUCAGAGCAAAAUAAUAUCGAUAGCGAAGCCGAUGAUCGAGGAAGCUUUAGUAGAAAUUUUGAGCAAAAAUAUACCGGAGAGUGUGGGAAUAGCAGACUUGGGUUGCUCAUCCGGACCCAACACCUUGUCAGUAAUUUCACAGAUAAUGUACAUGAUACAUGGCCAAUGCUGCCACAUGGGUCGCUCUUCUCCGGAAUUCAGAUUGUUCUUGAACGAUCUUUAUAGCAAUGAUUUCAAUGACAUUUUUGUGUCGUUGCCCGCAUUUUACAACAAAAUAAAGGAAGAGAAAGGUAUCGGAUUCGGGUCCUGCUUUGUUUUCGGUGCGCCCGGUUCGUUUUAUGGAAGAUUGUUUCCGGGAAAUAGUCUGCAUUUUGUUCACUCUUCUUCCAGUCUCCAUUGGCUUUCUCAGGUUCCUCCGGGCCUCGAAAGCAAUGCUAGCACAGCCUUAAACAAGGGAAAGCUCUACAUAUCUAAAAGCAGCCCAAAGUGUGUAUUGGAUGCAUACUCACUUCAAUUCCACAAUGAUUUUUCUUCAUUUCUCAAGUCUCGUUCAUUAGAAGUGGUAUCAGGAGGACGAAUGGUUUUGACAUUGAUGGGGAGGAGCACAUCUGAUGCCACCACUGAAGACAGUUGCUACCACUGGGAGCUCUUAGCACAGGCACUCAUGAGCAUGGUUUCAGAGGGUUUAGUAAAAGAAGAAAUGGUUGAUUCAUUCAACGCACCCUAUUAUGCUCCAUGUGCUGAGGAAUUGAAGAUGGCGAUAGAAAAUGAUGGUUCAUUCAUGGUGGAUCGCUUGGAGGCCUUCGAAAUCGAAUGGGAUGGUGGUUGUGGAAUUAUGAAUGAUCCAUUUGAAAGAGGUGUGAGAGUUGCAAAAACCAUAAGAGCUGUGGUUGAGUCUAUGCUUGAAUCUCAAUUUGGAAAACAUAUAAUGGAUGAUUUAUUUAGGAGGUAUGCUUGGUUAGUUGGCGAUUACUUAGCCUCGAGUAAAACCAAGUAUGUAAAUUUGGUUGUUUCGCUCGUGAAGAAGGAUCUUAGAGCUCAAGAGAAUAAAGACUACUGUAUUUCAGAUGCUCUUAGAAUUUCUUCGGUAAGGCUAAGGAAAUGGAAAGCAUCUUUUCUAAGACAAAUUAAGAGUGUUUUUAAAGUAAUGAGCAAAAUUUAUUAGACAAGUGCUUAAGGACUCUUGUUAAUUGUAUUGUUAUUUUCCAUGAAUGGCCGAUAUAGUGAGUGCUUCACUCAUUUUUCCCAUAAUUUUCUUAUAAAAAAAAGACUAAUGUCUUGUAGCUAGGCAGUGCUGCAUACAAAUGGAAAUAAAAGUUGCCAUUUUAAGUUCUU